AUUCGACCCGCAUUGUUCGAAAAGUUUAUCAUCAAGAGACAUCUUAAGAUGUCUAAAAUAGUAGUGAUUUUUGCGCUCAUCGUUAGUGUCUGUAAUGCAAGUCCGUUCGGCCCACAGGUCCGUGAAUUCACCUCAUAUAGACUACCUAACACAACGAUUCCGACACAUUACGAGCUGUACCUGGAUACCAAUGUUCAUAUCGGAGAAUUCAAGUAUAUCGGAAAUCUUAAAAUCAGUAUCUCAAUCCUCGAAAAUACCAAACAGAUAGUGUUGCACAGUGUCCGCAAUGUCAUUGAUCGCUUGGAAAUACAUAACAGUAACCAUCUAUCGGUUCCUAUCGAAAACUUUGAAUUCGAUGACGAUAAAGAGUUUUUGAUAAUCAACUGCAAGGAAAUACUACAUGCUGGUACAAAAUACUUUUUAUAUAUCGAUUUCACCAAUAGUUUAGAUCGUGAUGACAGAGCUGGAUUCUAUCGGUCAUAUUACGAAAACGACGAUGAAGAAAUCAAGCACUUAGCAUUAACGCAAUUUGAGCCUUCCGAUGCAAGAUCAGCGUUUCCCUGCUACGAUGAACCAGGUAUUAAGACGACAUUUAAUAUUAAAAUUUCUUGCGGUAUCGACUACCAUGCAAAGUCCAAUUCUCCUGCGCUUGGAAUAUCCAUUUUGCCGGGGGAUAAAAAGGUUACAACAUUCCAGACAACACCGCGAAUGCAAACCUACUUGGUGGCUUUCUUAGUGUCGGACUUUGUAAUCGAAAGACGGGUUGUCCAUCAACCGAGACAAGUGGCUGUAUCGACACUAGCUCGCCCGACCGCCAAGCACCUUUUGACCUACUCGGUCGAUUCAUCCGUUAAAUUUUUGCAUGAAUUAGAAACCUAUUUCAAUCACAGCUAUGCAAUGUCUAAAAUCGAUAACGUAGCCGUCGAUAAUGACCAUUUCUGGGCCGGGGCCAUGGAAAACUGGGGUCUAGUGACUUACCGAGAAUCUACUAUUUUGUUCGAUCCGGAAACUGACGGUGAAGAUAUGCAGCUAAAUGUGGUUGGAAUCGUCGGUCACGAAUAUACGCAUCAGUUCUUCGGAAAUCUACUAGCACCGAAAUGGUGGUCUUAUCUAUGGCUGAACGAAGGAUUUGCUCGGUUAUAUCAAUACUAUGUGUCUGAAUUCAGUCAUCCAGAGUUCAACAUGCGUGAACGAUUCGGUUGGGUUCGUGAAUAUGCAUUGGAGGUUGAUGCUGAUCCUGCUGUUCGCCCGAUGACUUAUUACGCAGAAACCGGUAUUAGGUGGCUAUUCGACUCCAUCGCAUAUCAAAAAUCUGCUAGUGUUCUUCGCAUGCUAAACUAUGCGGUAUCCGAGAGUACAUUCAAGAAAGGUCUGAGAUACUACAUUCAACACAACGAAAACGAUGGAGUGGUGACUGAACUGGAUCUUUUCGAUAGCUUAGAGCAAGCAGUAAAAGAAGAUGACAAGCUGCCGCGUGGUAUGACCAUGCACGAAGUGUUUGCUUCUUGGUCGAACCAACCUGGGGCACCCUUGGUCACCGUGGGACGCGAUGGAGAUACAAAUGUAUUCGUAUUCAAUCAAGAACGAUUCUAUUACGAACCACAAGAAAUGCCAGGGAAAGAAUCCUGGUGGAUUCCAAUUUCGUACUUUACUCCUAGUAGCGAUGGAAAGUACAACUCUAGUGCAGCUUUCUGGAUGGCUCCAAAUAAAAGUAAUGUUACUUAUGAAAUCGAACUGCAAGAAGGAGAUUUUGUUCUCAUCAACCCGCUAGCCAGAGGUUACUAUCGUGUAAAUUACGACCCACAAACCUGGGCGGAUAUUAUCUACAACUUGUACGCAAAUACAAAUGCAAUCGAUAAUUUAUCCAAAUCUCAGCUAAUCGAUGACUCUAUGAAUCUAGCCCAUGCUGGUAAGCUCGACUAUGACACAGCAUUCAAUAUAUUCAGUUAUUUGCAGUAUGAAACUGAAUAUGUCCCAUGGGCAACGGCCGCAUCCACAUUGAAAUUCCUUCAUCGAAUGUUGCGCGACGACGAACAAUCAUUGGAGCACUUAGAAAAUUAUGCAGCUCAUCUUGCAGUGAAUCUUCUUACCGUGCACGGUAUCAACUCCGUCAAGGGAGAAUCGGCUAAUAUCAUAGAAAGCAGAUUGAUUGCACUCGAAUGGGCAUGUAAAAUUGACUCACGAUGCCAAGCUGAGUCGAGAGCUCGUUUUGAUACAUUGAAAAAAUCGUCUUCGUUAAGUCUGCGCUCCAAAACAGAACGACAGAUCAUUUGUCAUCAGAUUCAGGAAAUCGAUGUCAAUGAUUUUACGACGGUUGUGGAAAACUUGAUUUCCACACGCGAUAAGAACAUUCGAAGUCAUGUCAUAGAAGCGCUGGCUUGCAUCAAGAAUGAACAUGUUAUUCUCCAAUAUCUAGACUCUAUCAAAUCAAAAUCCUUCAAAGAAAGUGAAAAGCUUCAGGCAGUUCAAGCAAUUUAUCAAAAAUCAUCCAAAGGACUGAAUGCGGUACUGGAAUUUAUCGAUAAAUCACCAGAUUUCCUGGAUGAAAUAAAACUGAACCAACACGAAUUGUUUACUGUACUGAAGAACAUGGCAGAGUACACAGUUGAAACGGGGGCGGUCGCAAAGCUAACAAAGUUCGUCCAACGGGUGGCACCCAGUCUUCUGCCCACCAUCGAAGCCAAACUGCAGUACAACCGAAGAUGGGUACAACGGAACGCAGCCAUUGUGUCGAGCUUCUUGAAAUCUCCACCUAGGGUAGACUUACGAUGAUGGAGAUGAUGUAUGCAUGAAUUGAUUCAAUAAAUAAAUAAAACUGAUUGUUCCCGA